AUGGCGAGCCGGCGAGCGGGGGACGAGGAGCGGGUGGCGGGGGGGUGGGCGGAGGCGUGCGAGGUGACGGCGCGCAAGGUGCUGCGGCGGGGGUUCGACGUGCGGCACCUGGAGGCGAUGACGAGCAUCGAGCUGGGCGGGGAGCUGCGCACGGGCGUGGUGCUGGUGGUGUCGGCGGGGCGGCGGCCCGUCCGCGACGUCCACUCCGACACCGUCGGCGUCGCCGAGGGCAUCCGCGACAUGGCCCGCGACGGCCUCGACGGCCGCAUGAUCCUCUACGGCCUCGGCUUCCACUUCCUCAUCAAGCCCCCCAGGUGA